AUGGCGUGUAGCAAUGAUUGGAUCUUACAAUCGGCCAGUCUUGUUUGGAUAUUAGCUUCCCUUCUUAGCGAGUCACAGAGCAAGAAAACACAGGCAUACUUCAUGGACUCUAGCGACUGUGGAGACCAGAAACACGUUGGUGGUGCAGUGGUCUUCUCUCACAGCAAGGGCGAUUACUAUCUGCACGACAUCGACUGCCAGAUUAUCUUCAAAGCUGAAAGUUCUGACUGGAAGCUCAUGUUGAGAGUCAUCGAGAUGGAUAUCCCUGACAGAACCCCAAACGGAUACUGUAACGAUGCGCUGUACGUGUUUGAUGACAAUACGAUACUCACCAGAGCAAUGGAAGAUGCCGGAGGCACGGGCGGUCUUUGUGGGCGGAUUCUGCCGCCAACUCUCAAAUCUACCGGCCAGUUCAUGACAGUUGUUUUUAAAACAGACUCGGAUGGACCAGUAGGACGCGGGUUUAAGUUCAUCAUGACCGCUGUCAGAGAAGAUGGGGACAAGUUUAGCUCCUGUGGGUCCAGCUUCCAGUGUGAAAACAAGCUGUGUGUGGACGAGGCUUUGAUCUGUGACGGGGUUGACCACUGUGGCGAUUUCAGUGAUGAGGCAGCCUCAGGUCGGGCCAGGUGUAAGGAAG